AUGAGGAUCAAAAGCUUUGGACAGCUUUGUGCAUUGAUGCUGAUCUCCCAGAUGCUACUAGCCAACUGUGAAAGACAAAAGGAAAGAAAAAAAGGAAGACAAGGCAUAGAAGAUGCUGGAAAAAACCAAACUGAACCUAGCCAAGGAAAUGAAAAAGGACAGAAAUCAAAAGGAGGAAAAUCAUCUCCUAAAGGCAAGUUUCAAACCAAAGAAAAUGUUGAGUGCACCUGGGCAGUGACUGACAUGAAUGCUGCUACUGUGCACGUAGAGUGCAGGCAUGGUGACAGCAAGUUCUGGUGUGAAUUCUCUGGAGACCCUUCCACCUGCACACAGUAUGCAGCAAACCAGAAAUCCUACUGGAAACAGGUCUCCCGAUCGCUGAAGAAGCAGAAGCAGAUCUGUCAGGACCCAAAAAGUGUACUAAAAUCUAAAGUAUGUAGGAAAGGCCCACGAAGUGCUCACCUCAGGUUGACCCACUCCAGCCUACUAACAUCAGCAGGUCCUGCCAAAGGGAACAGAAUGCAUCAUGCAAAAGAAGUUGUUCAGACUGCAGCAGCUGCCUCUGUGACUGAAAAAAAGCUACAGCAGAGUCCUCAAGACUGUGUUGAAGAUGUAGAUUACAUUGACCAGAAAAAGGUAGCUGAGGAAUACUGUCCAGAAAGUUUGAUUUCUUUCUGCAAUUUUUUCAUCACAAUGGUCCAAGACAAACGAUGCUAA